AUGUCCGACACCCAGUACGAGUUCUACCACUAUACACCCUCGCUCGUCGCGGCCAUCAUCUUCAUCGCUCUUUUCUUCUUGAUUUCCGUUCUCCACGCGUACCAACUUGUGCGAACGCGUACACUCGCCUUCAUCCCCUUCUGCAUAGGAGGGUUCAUGGAGAGUGUGGGCUACAUCGGCAGGGCAAUCGGCUCCAACGAGACUCCCAACUGGACCCUGGGACCUUUCGUCCUACAAGCUGUACUCAUCCUCGUCGCACCGGCCCUGAUGGCUGCCAGCUUGUACAUGCUUCUCGGCCGCAUCAUCACCCUCACCGACGGCGAGAGACACGCCUUUAUCAAGAAGCGCUUCCUGACAAAGAUCUUCGUGGCUGGCGACGUCUUCUCUUUCCUUUUGCAAGCUGGAGGUGCCGGUCUCCUCUCCGCCAAGUCUCAAAGUACCAGUAAUACUGGGUCCAAGAUAAUCAUGGGUGGUCUAGUUGUCCAAAUCGUCUUCUUCAGCGUUUUUGUCCUCGUUGGAGUCAAGUUUCACCUCAACAUGCGUCGAGGAUCAGGAGGCGCCGCCGCCACCACCACCACCACCACCGGUAACGACAAGUCCAACCAGUCCUCGACCAAAAGUGCCGUCUCCUGGGAGAAACACCUUGUCACGCUGUACAUCGGGUCCAGCCUGAUUCUGAUCCGAUCGAUCAUGAGACUGAUCGAGUACGCCCAGGGCAACGACGGGUACUUGAUCUCGCACGAAGUCUUCCUUUACACUUUUGAUUCGGUUCCGAUGUUCUUUGUCAUGAUCCUCUUCGCCAUCACACACCCGAGUGAGAUCAAUGCUCAUCUGAAGGGUGCCGGGGCAAAGGUGAUCGAGAACAUCGUCCAAGUCUACAGCCUGGAAAAUGUCGAGGCUCGUUAUACCACAUUGCAAGAAGUGUGA